CUGGGGUCAAGGCCUUUGUUGGGUUGAGAGACUCACAUCACCGAUCUUAUAUAUAACUCGUUGCUUUGGUUAUUUUAUUUUCCUCUUUAUUUCUCAAGCUAGAGAUAGAGAGAGAGAGAGAGAGAGAAAAAAAAGAUAGAGCGGAUUAGGGAUAUGAGAACGAGGAGAGGGGCGUGUUAUCCUGGACCUGGAAUAGUGACGAGGAUGUGUUCCGAUGUUGGGGUUGUGAAGAGAAAGAAGAAUAUAAACAUGCAUGUGACGACGGAAGACUCCUUUAUUAGCCGGAAAAAGCAGAGGAAAUGGCCGGAAAAAACCGCCGGAGAAUACGAUUUUUUCGAGUCUUUGCCGGAUGACCUUGUAAUCUCUAUCUUCUGCAAGCUUAGCUCAACUGCAACUUCCCCUUCCGAUUUUGUCAAUGUUUUGAUAACGUGUAAAAGAUUAAACAGUUUAGCACUCAAUUCUCUUGUAUUAUCCAAAGCCUCCCCAAGAACUUUCUCCAUUAAAGCCAAAGAUUGGUGUGAUUCCGCACAUCGCUUCCUUAAACAGUGUGCAGAUGCAGGAAACAUUGAGGCAUGUUAUACUUUGGGCAUGAUUCGGUUCUACUGUUUGCAAAACAGAGGAAGCGGGGCUUCGUUUAUGGCGAAGGCGGCGAUAAGUUCUCACGCGCGGGCUCUGUACUCGCUUGCGGUUAUUCAGUUCAACGGCAGCGGCGGUUCAAAAAGCGACAAGGACCUCCGUGCCGGUGUGGCUCUCUGCGCCAGAUCAGCCUUCCUCGGCCACAUCGACGCGCUGCGCGAGCUUGGCCACUGCUUGCAAGACGGUUACGGCGUUCGACAGAACAUCGUCGAGGGCCGGCGUUUCCUCGUCCAGGCCAACGCACGGGAACUCGCCGCCGUGCUCUCUGCCGGCGGUGCCGCGCGCAACUUGCUGAAGUGGAACCACCGGCAUCUCCGGCAACUUGCGGGGUCUGGGUGCCCGUUGCUUAGUGAUUUCGGAUGUAACGUGCCGGCGCCGGAGGCCCAUCCAGCGUGCCGGUUCAUGACGGAGUGGUUCGCGUCUCGGGGCGGGUCUCCGGGGCCGGGUCUCAGGCUCUGCUCGCAUGCGGGCUGUGGUCGGCCAGAGACGAGGAAGCACGAGUUUCGCAGGUGUUCGGUGUGUGGCGCGGUGAAUUACUGCUCACGCGCGUGCCAAGCGCUUGAUUGGAAGUUCCGGCAUAAGGCGGAGUGCUCCCCCGUGGAGCGGUGGCUCGAUGAGGACGACGAAGACGCUGGCGACGAAAACGACGACGGCGAUGUCGAGGUGGAUAGUUAGACAAUUUUUCGAACAGGUAAUGGCCAUUGUAACGGUAACGGGAACGGGAAUCUGUUUGGACGGUUAGAAAAAAUCUAUUUUUGUUGAGGUGUAUGAGAAAUUAAAUAUGAUUUAUUCGGCCGUCUCAAAAGGUAGAUAGCAAGGCUUCCUUUUUCUUUUUUCUUGUAUAGUGGGAAAAUUCUCUUGAAAAAUGAAGGGGAUUACUUGUGUUUUUUGUUCUCUUUUUUUGGUGCAUUCAUCACAGUUUAAUGUUAAUUAGAAUUUAAAUUAUUGAGCAUAAUUUAUUAUCUC